AUGGACCGACUUCUCGUUCAGGCUUCUUCAACACGAUGGGUUACUCUGGAGAAACGAUGUUUUACUGCAAGUAGCAGCGUUUAUCUCGUACAGCCUUCUGCGUUUGAAAGCGCUGGCAAGUUCAUAUCAGGUGAUGAAGUUUCGGUAGGCCUUUUGUCUGCUCUUGACAUCUCGUCGACAGUCCGUCCUUGUGAAUUUGUUGGUACAACUCAAGUAGCUGGAGAAACUUGGACGUUUAGUUGACAGGAAGGACUGCUUAUCUCGGGGUUAUCGCCCUACGCGAGGCAUGGUAAGGUGCCGGCAUUUAUUCUGUUAGUCCGCCACGAAACCGUUUAUUCUGCUCAGAAGGGAAUCGAAAAUGUUCCGCUUCUUAUCCGGAUGCGCCCAACAGUCGCUCCCACUCACACAACCGUCGCUAUCGCAAAAUGUUCUCAUAGGGACGAUAUAAGACAGUUGGAUGGUUCUUCCUGUCUCGGUAGGAUCACGUGCGGUAGGAAAUCACCAGAGCAGAACCCUGCUGGAAAAUCACAGAAAGCCUGUUUCCUGGAAGCCAAGCUUCUAAUUAUUUACAAUGUCUGUGCACAUUUCGCUUAUGUUUGGCUUGCUGAUUAA